AUGUCUGCGCGUGCGGCACACAGGGACUUUAUAGUUCGGUGCAUAACCGAAGAAACAAGAAGCUUCUAUCUUACAGAGAGCAUGCGCAUCAGCACAUUCUACUGGGCCCUGGGGUCUUUGUUUCUGCUGGAGGAGCACAAAAAGCUGAACUCGUUUUCUGCGAGAGUAGGGGGUUUUGUCGCUGCCUGCCAGAACCCUGACGGCGGAUUUGGAGGGCGCCCGGGGUAUCCUUCCUGUGCGAUCUCCACUCUCUCUGCACUGCAAAUACUCUAUCUCAUCAAGAGGAACAAGGAAAUUGUCCUGGCCAGCCCUGAAAGCGCGCCCCUGCCGCAAGAAGAGGCUCCGUGCGAAAAAAUGCCAAGCCAAUUCACAAUACGCGACCGAGAGGAGGAGCUUUUGAACUUGCAGACUGCUGUCGAGAGCACAGGCUUGCCGCCUGCGGAUGCGCCCAGCGGGGCAGAGUUCCCUGAAAAAAGCAUAAACUACGUUCUGUGCAACGCAUACCUGGAGAGCAUUGUUACAAACGAGAAGCUUGUGGGGUACGACUCAAUUCUGGAUAUUCGGCAAAUAUGCUGCUACGUGUCUUCCAAAAACCUCCUGUCUCUUCUGGCGCUGGGAGGCCCCGAGAUGUUUUUCGUGCUCACCCCAAUGAAGAAGAUGCUUUGCAACUACAUCUCCCAGUGCAUAAACAUCGACGGCGGCUUGGGGGUUAUUCCCGGGUGCGAGUCUCACGCAACAUACAACUUUUGCGGGCUAUCUGCUCUUUUCCUAAUGGGAGAAAUGAGCUGUGUAUACCCGCAGGAAACGGCAAUGAGCAUUUCCCUGCUGCAAGCCGCGUCAGGCGGCCUUUCUGGGCGCCCCGACCGAAUUGAGGAAAUAUGCAGCACGUACUGGAACUACUCGUCUCUGGCUAUUAUGGGGAAAGAAAGCUAUGUGGAUGGCAAAGCCGUUCUCGAGUACAUCUCCUCCUGCGAGAGCCCCACAGGGGGAUACUCUGACAGGCCCGGCGAGAGCCCGAACUUACUGCACACGCUGUAUGCGCUCGCCUGCAAGUCUAUUGCUGAGCACAAAAUUGUCAUGGAAAUCCUCCCCACACUUUCAUUCUGUCUUUUUGAGUGA